CCCCUGCUCCCCGCCAGGCUGCAGGCGCCGGGCCUGGGCCGUCAGCGCAGCUGUGACCCGAGCGCCUUCCGGAAGGCGAGCUGGGAGUGCGUCCGGACCCCCGUCCCCGGGACCAUGGGGAAUGGCAUGACCAAGGUACUUCCUGGACUCUACCUCGGAAACUUCAUUGAUGCCAAAGACCCGGAUCAACUAGGCCGGAAUAAGAUCACACACAUCAUCUCCAUCCAUGAGUCACCUCAGCCUCUACUGCAGGAUAUCACCUACCUUCGCAUCUCCGUGGCCGAUGCCCCUGAGGUACCCAUCAAAAAACACUUCAAAGAAUGUAUCAACUUCAUCCACUGUUGCCGCCUCAAUGGGGGAAACUGCCUUGUGCACUGCUUUGCAGGCAUCUCCCGCAGCACCACCAUCGUGACAGCAUAUGUGAUGACUGUGACGGGGCUAGGCUGGCGGGACGUACUUGAAGCCAUCAAGGCCACCCGGCCCAUCGCCAACCCCAACCCAGGCUUUAGGCAACAGCUGGAAGAGUUUGGUUGGGGCAGUUCCCGGAAGCUUCGCAGGCAGCUGGAGGAGCGCUUCGGAGAGAGUCCUUUCCGCGACGAGGAGGAGGUGCGCGCGCUGCUACCGCUGUGCAAGCGCUGCCGGCAGGCCUUGACAGCUAGAAAGGUCAUUUCCCCUAGCUGUCAUGCUGGUGUGAGCACGAUGGAGAUACUGCAGUGGAAGGGGAAAGGGAAGGUCUCAGGCGGCUGGCGAUCCAUGGCCGGAGCCGGGGGUCCUCUGCGCCUCCGGGACUGGCUGGUGGAGCAGAUCGAGAGCCGGCGCUACGCAGGCUUGUGCUGGGAAGACGCGGGCAAGACCCUCUUCCGCAUCCCCUGGAAACACGCAGCCAAGCAGGGCUACCAGGCGCAGCAGGACGCGGCGCUCUUCAGGGCCUGGGCCGUGUACAAAGGCAAACACUUGGAGGGCACGGACAAGGAGGACCCCUCUAUCUGGAAGACACGGCUCCGCUGUGCCCUCAACAAGAGUGCUGACUUCCGGGAGGUGCGCGAACGCAGCCAGCUGGACAUCUCCAACCCCUACAAGGUCUACCAGAUCGUGUCUGAAGUUACCAGGGACUAUGCUCCCUCUGAAGAGGAGGAGAUCCCCUCGAGCCAGCAGGAGCUCCCUGGGGAAGUGACAGAGCCAGCCUGCAGGACGGAGCAGGAUGGCUCUGACGUAGCUACCAAGGAUGAGGACAAGGAGCAGGCCCCCAGGCUGGCCCCGCAGGACUCCCCGCCACCGGCCGCACUCCUCUCAGGCCCUUUGGCUGACCACAGGUCCCAGGCAUGGGACCCCAGAUUCCCCAGGAGUGCGACACUCUCCAAAGAUUUCAGCAACCCUGAAUACUGGCUGCACGUGCGGCUCUUCUAUGGCGCAGCGCUGGUGCACGAAACCACCGCGCGCACCUCCGAGGGCUGCCUCCUAAGCCCGCAGGCAGCCGCUGAGCACCUGUUGGGGCCACCACCGCACGUCGUGCAAGUUCUCUUCCCGAAGCCGCCGCCCGCCGCUCGCGCGCUGCAGCUUUCGCACCUCAAGCGCGCGGUACUGCUGUGGGUGGCGCCCGAAGGCGUGUUCGCCAAGCGCCUGUGCCAGGGCCGCGUGUACUGGCGCGGCCCGCUCGCCCUGCACCGUGCGCAGCCCAACAAGCUGGAGCGCGAGCGCACCUGCCAGCUGCUAGACACGCGCCGCUUCCUGGAGGAACUGCGUGCCCACCUGCAGGACGGCCGCCCGGAGCCGGAGUACCAGAUCCGUCUGUGCUUUGGCGAAGAGUACCCAGGGCCCCCUGACAAGUCAGAGGAGCGACUUGUCAUGGCCCACGUGGAGCCAGUCUUUGCCCGGGAGCUCCUCCUGCACUGGAAGCGCCUCACCUGGGCACCUCGCUGCCCCACAGGGCCCCACCCUGAUCACCCACCUUCUGACACAGCUCUCAGUGGGCCACUUCCUCAUACUCCAUAAAGGCAGCCCCUGUAAGGCGCAGACCCUUACCUCCACCCCAACUCUGCUCAGCUCACACUAAGCCAGUGGCCCUGGGGCCUCCCCCGACUCAUCGCCCAGGUCGCUGGACAGCGGAAGUCCAUCGUAACCUGCAAGCUGUCUGCCUCGAGCAUGGAGCCCUCGGAUUGUGCGAGUAGAAGGCACCGCACAGCCAGGUGUGAGGUGUCAGCCAGAAACUGAACUCGACCUUGAGGUGCAGGAACUGCAGCAAUUGGGACAAAAAGACUUCCUCUCUCAUUGAGAACAUGACAUGCCAAUAACCGUUCACUUAGCGCUGACCUUGUCCUGCAGCUGAGCCCAUUAUAAUGUUGACCCAAGGCCGAGAUUACCAACAAGUCCAUCCUCAGGGUUGUUUGGAGUGGGGACAACUAUUCUAAUGGGGAAGCACCUGGCUCUGAGGGACUCUGAGUUUCCACACCCUUCCUCGCACCUGCUGCUGGUCUCCUGUAUUCGGCAGUCUCGAGGGAUCCCAAAACAGAAGACUUAGCUUGAACCCUGGGCUUUAGAGGCUAACCGCCCACACCUGUCGGAAACUGCCUUCAAAGAAACUGAGGCAGGUCCCCAAACACAACCCUGAAGCAGAGGCCAAAGCGAGAAUCCAGUCCCUCCCAGCAUCCCACUGAUCUUUGCAGACUCUAAGUUGUAGGGUACCCUGGAGGAAGAGGGGGUGGCGAGCAUCUACAGUUACAAAGUUGGUUCCCAGUGCCUUGUGAGUGAAGUAACUAUUUUCUGCUCCACAUAGUAGACCUUUAUUUCUCUUCUGGUUUCUGACUUUAUUUAGAGAAAUCCUCUUUGAGAUGCCAGAUGCCAACAUAAGAAAUCCAUUAGUGAUACAUUAAUAAGCCACUUUUAUUGGGGUGAGUGAGGAACUAUAUGAUUCAACAAAAUACAGAAGUUGACAGAUUGCUUUUUAUGUUAUUUUAUUCUGGGAUCAAUUUUUGCUAUAGGGCAUGUACACUCACUGGAGAGACAGAGAGACAGAAAGCAUGAAAUCACCCCCCCAGGGGCGAUGGUCAAAUCCCUUCUCUCUACUUUCCCCGUAGGAUUCUGGGCAUGCACACACAUGCAUCUGGCACGAGUUUCAAGGGGCCAGGUCCGGGGAUGUGAACUGU